UUGUCGCCGGCUGAGGACGAUGGAGACUGUGUCCCAGUGAGGCUCCGGCGACCAGCUGUGAGGGAGGACUCGCCUUUCCAGCUCUCUCGCCGUCUACUUGAUGUUAAUGUGUUAAACUGUCAUUGGGAGAGAUUUCUCCGUCACGGGAACACCUCGGCGCCCAACGUACUCAUUCCCCAGAGGCAAGACUCACUCUGGGCCACCGGUUCUGGACUCUUAAGUACCGGGCAUGGACAUUCCUUCAAAGGAUCAUUGAAGCAGCUGGUAGUUCUGAGUCGGGGCUUUGCAGGGGAAAUGACAGAGACCGAGGAACCGGCUUUAACAGGACAGAGUUUCUCCAGUGGAUCCAUGACCCUGGAGUCUUGAUACAGGGGCGAGAUAGAGUCACCGAACUCAAGUGGGACAAGGCGAGCGGCCGGCUCUGGAGGUUUGGAGCAGGGACAUGCAGGACGGUGUGUCCCAGAGCGAGGGGUGAGGACGGUCAACGCUCGACCCCCGCGGGGGUGAGGAGCUGGAGCCGGGAUGCGGAGACUGGUGGCGGCGAGGAUCCACACACGGGUUUAAUAACAUCCUUCCAAUAGCUGGGCAUCCAGGAACUGGCUGGUGGGACAGUCCAAUGGGGAAGUGAAUGAGGAAAUUAGUUGGAUGUCAGUGAUGGUCACCACCCCAGCCUUCCUCCGUGUGAUGCCAGAGAGAAAAUGAGACACUAUUACUCUGGCUAAAGGUCCUGCUGUGGCUGAUUCCCGCAAGUGUUUCAUUUAAAAACCCCACUCCCACUGGCCAUCCCAGAAACAUUCCAGCAACCUGACGAGGAGCACUGAAGAUAGAACCUCCCAGCCCGGCUUCUCAGCCCUUGAUCCUCUCUCCAACACACGCUGAUGCUUUAGAAGGAUGUAAUUGAAUUCCAGCCUGAGGAACUCAUUCACCCUUCUCUGUGAGAUUGUGAUCCGAGCAGCCCUGCUAUGAAGAAGCCGGAUAUGUACCUCCGACUGCCUCUCACCCUCCUUCACUUCCUACUGCAGGCAGUCCUCUCUGCCUCCAGCAGCUCUACCAUCGGGAAGAAGGAAAUCACCAUUGAAGGAGACUUGGUGAUUGGGGGCUUGUUCCCGGUGCAUGAGAAGGGCAAUGGUUUGGAAGACUGCGGAAGGAUCAAUGAGCAACGUGGAAUCCAGCGGCUCGAGGCAAUGCUCUUCGCAUUGGAUGCGAUAAACAAGGAUGCUUCCAUUUUGCCGGGGAUUAAGUUGGGUGCCCACAUCUUGGAUACCUGCUCCAAGGACACUUAUGCUCUGGAGCAGUCUCUGGAGUUUGUGAGGUCCUCGCUAACUAAAGUAGACGAGACGGAGUAUAUCUGCCCAGACGGGUCUUAUGCCAUCCAUGAUGACAUGACCUUUGCCAUUGUAGGAGUGAUCGGUGGCUCCUACAGCGACGUGUCCAUUCAGGUGGCCAACUUACUUCGCCUGUUCCAGAUCCCCCAGAUCAGCUACGCCUCCACCAGUGCCAAGCUGAGCGACAAGACUCGCUAUGACUACUUUGCCCGGACCGUACCUCCUGAUUUCUACCAGGCCAAAGCCAUGUCUGACAUCCUGCGCUUCUUCAACUGGACCUAUGUCUCCACCGUGGCGUCCGAGGGCGACUAUGGCGAGACCGGCAUCGAGGCCUUCGAGCAGGAGGCUCGCUCCCGCAACAUCUGCAUCGCUACCUCGGAGAAGGUCGGCCGCUCGAUGAACCAGAAGACCUACGAUGGCGUCAUCAAGGCCCUGAUGCAGAAGCCGAAUGCCAAGGUGGUAGUCCUGUUCACUAAGAGUGAGGACGCUCGAGAGUUGCUGGCUGCAGCCCACAGGCUUAACGUGUCCUACCUGUGGGUGGCCAGUGACGGCUGGGGAGCGCUGGAAAAUGUGGUCAGAGGCAACGAGGAGGCCGCCAAGGGAGCCAUCACCAUUGAGUUGGCAGCUUAUCCCAUCAAGCAGUUUGCAACCUACUUUGUCAACCUCAACCCUUACAAUAACAGCAGGAAUUCCUGGUUUAGGGAGUUCUGGGAACAGAAGUUCCAUUGCAACUUAAGGACACCGGGUUGCGGGAGGAACUCCCUGAAGAAGGCGAAGUUUGAGCAGGAGUCUAAGAUCAUGUUCGUACUGAAUGCGGUGUAUGCCAUGGCUCACGCCCUGCACAACAUGCAGCGAGCUCUCUGCCCCAACACCACCAGCAUCUGUGAGAAGAUGAGGCCCAUGAAUGGGAAGAAGUUCUACAAGGAUUACAUCAUCAAAGUCCAGUUCGAUGCUCCGUUCAGACCUCAUGACACCCACAGUGAGAUUCGAUUCGACGCAUACGGAGAUGGAAUCGGCCGAUACAAUAUCUUCAACUUCCAGAACAAAGGCGGGAGGUAUGCCUACCAGAAGGUCGGCUACUGGGAUGAAGGUCUGACUCUGAACACCAGCCUGAUCCCCUGGGCGAAUGCAUCCAUCCCAACGUCCCAGUGCAGUGACCCUUGCGCCAAGAAUGAAGCAAAGAGCAUGCAGCCGGGCGAUGUUUGCUGCUGGCUCUGCAUCGCUUGCCACCCUUACGAGUUUCUCUACGACGAGUUCACGUGCAUGGACUGCGGGCCUGGCCGCUGGCCCACCGAGGACCUCAGCGCCUGCUACGACCUCCCCGAGGAGUACAUCAAGUGGGAGGAUGCCUGGGCCAUUGGACCCCUCACCAUCUCCUGCCUGGGCUUCAUCUCCACCAUUGCAGUGUUUGCGAUCUUCAUCAAAAACAACGAUACGCCCGUGGUGAAGGCUUCGGGGCGAGAGCUCUGUUACAUCCUCCUCAUCGGGGUCUUCAUGUGCUACAGCAUGACCCUGAUCUUCAUCGCCAAGCCCUCGACUGCAGUCUGCACCCUGCGUCGCCUGGGGCUCGGCUCCUCCUUUGCCGUUUGCUACUCUGCCCUGCUGACCAAGACCAACCGCAUCGCCAGGAUCUUCAACGGCGUGAAGGACGGGACACAGAGGCCCCGGUGCAUCAACCCCACCUCCCAGGUGGCCAUCUGCCUGGCCCUCAUCUCCUGCCAGCUGGUCGUGGUCACCAUCUGGCUGCUGCUGGAAGCACCUGGCACCAGGAAGGAGACCACACCCGAGAAGAGGGACAUUGUGACCCUCAAGUGCAACACCAAGGAGUCCAGCAUGCUGACCUCCCUCACGUACACCGUCAUCCUCAUCGUGCUCUGCACCGUGUACGCGUUCAAAACCAGGAAGUGCCCCGAGAACUUCAACGAGGCCAAGUUCAUUGGGUUCACCAUGUACACCACCUGCAUCAUCUGGCUGGCCUUCCUGCCCAUCUUUUAUGUCACCUCCAGUGACUACCGGGUCCAGACAACCACCAUGUGCAUCUCUGUAAGUCUGAGUGGCUCCGUUGUGUUAGGCUGCCUGUUCGCCCCCAAGAUCCAUAUCAUCCUCUUCCAGCCCCAGAAAAACGUAGUCACUCACCGGGUGGCAACCAGCCGUUUCAGUGUGACCGGCUCAGGGACUGUUCACUCCCACGUUUCCGCUGUGCACUACGUCCCGACUGUGUGUAAUGGGCGAGAGAUUGUGGACUCCACAACGUCGUCACUAUGAAGAUCGAAAUCAGCCCUUGCUGUCCGCUCCUCCACUUUCCCUGACCCUUCCUCCCUCACUCUUUACCCCUUCCCUGUUCCAUCUCCCCAGUCACACACCCUCCCCCCAUCCCCCAACUCUUCCAGACCAGGGUACAAACUAAGUGUGUGACAAAUCUGGUUAUUAUGUUCAAUGUAUAAAAGGUUUUUAAUAAGUAGAUAACUUGUGAGUUAGUAUGUGUUGCUGUAAUUAAUGUAAAUAAAGUGUUUUUUUUAAAGAAUAGUCACUGGUAACGACUUAUAGUUUUAUGGCAGGUCAGUGGAGUCAUUAAGACAAAGAGGCACUGAGGAGAUACCAGUGAAUAAAAACAGAGACACAAGAGACUGCAGAUGCUGGAAUCUGGAGCAACACACGACCUGCUGGAGGAACUCAGUGG